AUGCCUAAGCAGGUCGAGGUCAGGAUGCAUGAGAGUCAGCUGGAGCCCAUGGACACGCCCGCCAAGCCCAUGUGUGGCGGCAUCUGCCAGAAGAUGUGCAAGAACCUGCUGCUCACCCUCACCGUGCUGGGUGUGGUUUUGGGGGCGGUGCUUGGAAUGCUCUUGCGCUACGCCUCACCCAUCCCUCCUGAUGUCAUCAUGGUCAUCGCCUUCCCUGGAGACAUCCUGAUGAGGAUGCUGAAGAUGCUGAUUCUGCCCCUCAUCAUCUCCAGUCUGAUCACAGGAUUGGCGGGUUUAGACGCCAAAUCGAGCGGUCGCCUGGGAACCCGCGCCAUGGUGUACUACAUGACCACCACCAUCAUCGCGGCCGUCCUGGGCGUCAUCCUGGUGCUGCUCAUUCACCCCGGAAACCCCAAACUGAAGGAGAAACUGGGGGAGGGCGCCAAGAACGACGAGGUGUCCAGCCUGGACGCGUUCUUCGAUCUGAUCAGGAACCUCUUCCCCGAAAACCUGGUGCAGGCCUGCUUCCAGCAGAUCCAGACCGUCACCAAGAAGGUGGAGCUCAUUCCUGAGCCGGAGGACGUGAACUCCACCACCGUGGAGGACCUCCUCAACGCUACCAUGGCAACGCCAGAGCCGCAAUACGUCAUCAAGAAGUCCCUGCAGUUCAAGGGCGGGAUGAACGUGCUCGGCCUCAUCGGCUUCUUCAUCGCAUUUGGCAUCUGCAUGGGCAAGAUGGGCGAGAAGGCCAGGCUGAUGCUGGAGUUCUUCAACAUCCUGAAUGAGAUUGUCAUGCGACUGGUCAUCAUGAUCAUGUGGUACUCCCCGUUCGGUAUCGCCUGCCUGAUUUGCGGGAAGAUCGUCUCCAUCAAGGACCUGGAGACGGUUGCCCGGCAACUGGGGAUGUACAUGGUGACGGUCAUUGUUGGCCUCAUCAUCCACGGAGUCAUCUUCCUGCCGAGCAUCUACUUCGCCAUCGUCCGGAAGAACCCCUUCACCUUCUUCAUGGGCAUCUUCCAGGCCUGGAUCACUGCCCUGGGAACCGCCUCCAGUGCCGGGACCCUGCCCGUGACGUUCCGCUGUUUGGAGGAGAACCUGGGCAUCGAUAAGCGUGUGACACGUUUCGUGCUCCCCGUGGGCGCCACCAUCAACAUGGACGGCACUGCGCUGUACGAAGCCGUGGCGGCCAUCUUUAUCGCCCAGAUGAACGGCAUAUACCUGGAUGCCGGGCAGAUAGUCACGGUCAGUCUGACGGCAACUCUGGCCAGUAUAGGAGCAGCCAGCAUCCCCAGCGCUGGCCUGGUGACCAUGCUGCUCAUCCUCACCGCCGUGGGGCUGCCUACCCAGGACAUCAGCCUGCUGGUGGCUGUGGACUGGCUACUGGACCGGUUCCGGACCUCGGUGAACGUGGUGGGGGACUCGUACGGCGCGGGGAUCGUGUACCACCUGUCCAAGGCGGAGCUGGACGCGCUGGACGCCCUGCAUGGGCGCUCGGACGACAUCGAGAUGACCAAGACGCAGUCCUACUACGACGAGCUGAAGAACCACCACGACAACAACCAGUGCGUGCGCGCCGCUCACAACUCCGUGGUUGUAGAUGAGUGCAAGGUAACCGCCCAGGGUACCAAUGGCACGACUGCGGAGUACGCGCUUGUUGAGGAGGAACCAUGGAAACGCGAGUAACACGGCACAGAGAUCCCCCCCCCCGCGCCCCCCCCCCCCUUCCGCCCCGCCUUAUGUCCUUAACCCCUGCCCCCCACCCCACCCUACCCUACCCCAGCCUACUCCACCCACCCUCAAGAUCCCCACACGCUUUUCCACCUGGUGAAAAAAAACAGAAAGAGCAUCAAAAAAAAAAAACAUGCAAACAGACAGAACUAACGGGCGCUCUCGUAGUUUGGUGUUUUAUAACUCUGUUAACGAACGUCUGAACUGACCGGCUCUGUCCUAGAGAGGCGAGUGGCACUAAUACACUAACCUUCCGCCUGUACCAGGAUUAACACCACGUUUCCUAGCAACCAUUUGCACAACCUCAAGGCUCAGAAGGGUGGAGAGAGAGAGAGAGAGAGAAAAAAAGUGAGAGAGUGAGUGAGUGAGAGAGCGAGGGAGAGAGAAAUUAGCAGUAAAUUUAAUCAUAAAUAUAAAUAUACCAGCAGCCACUGGGGGCUCUGCUUUCAUAAGCAGGUGGGGCAGGGCGUGGCGUGAAUCCUCAGGUGAGGUCACAUCGGGAGCGGACUGUGGGGACGCCUGCCUGCCCAACAGCCCUUAGGGGGAAGCUGCUCUGUAACCCCUCACCUUUGACCUUUGACCUCCCUCUGCAUCCCUGAGGGGCUUCCCUUGACCUCCCCCCCUCGCCCACCACCACAACCCCACGCGCUUCCCAGAAUGCAAAGUGUGAUGAGGCCCCCCUGCCGAGCUCUCAGAUGCAAACAGAGAGACACACAGAACGCGUUUGCGGAGCACAAACCGUUAGACACUGAAGCACAAACCUACACAGUGUGAGACCCGCUCCGGCCUCCUCACCAGGGAAGAGGCUUUUUCACUCGUCCUCAGGUUAUUUGGCACAGAAGAGAGACUGUUUGUGUGCUUGAGUGCGCGCGUGUGGGAGCGGUGGGGGGAGCGGCAGUGGGAUAUAUUCUCUCUUCGCACACAAGGGACCAAACCUUAUAUUGCUGAAUAAGCCCUUUUGGCAGAAACCUUUGAAAGACCUUUUUUUUCAGCUUCAUUGCCGAUGCUAUAGAUGAACAGAACGAACCAGCAUCGACUUGAAAGAGUAAAAAAAAAAAGUAAAACUUCCCCAAAGCUUUGUCUCCCAACUCAUUGGCCAUUAAUUGAUAUUGAGAGAGCAGGUCAUAGCAGAUCCAUCGAUUUAUCUGGAAGUGUGUACUGUGGAAAACAGCUCCACCAAGUUCCAGAGUUCAACCAGAGUUCCAGAGUUCAAAAGCACAACUCAAUAGUUCAGUUUUUUUAAAGCUGUGAAUUGUCAAAAAGCUGUCUGCAUAAUUGUAUGCAGCUCACUACAGGAGCAGUGACCCAUGCAAACUUUUUCAUACAUUUUUUCAUAAAUUUCAUUUCUGAGAGAUGGUUGUCUUCUGACAACAUUACGGACUGACUAAAGGUCACAUGCAGAGACCAUAGCUGAGUUGGGACACAUUUUAAUAUAUUGGCUUAAAUGUUUAAAAGGAUUUCUUGUCACUCAUAAAUGUACUGAAGCUAGAAAAGGUGUUUCAAAGGGUAUCCACACAGUGUGCAGCUCACCGAAUCACAACAGGCUUUCCAGCCACCCGAGAAUCACUGCCUUUUUAUAUCACAACUUCAAUCAGAUGUCUUGUCACUUUGACUGUUAAUCAUAAAAUCCUUUUUAAAAUACAUUUUUAAUGUCUUGCACAUUUAGGUAAAUGUUUCCCAGUGAAGAAAUUAAAAAUUUUAAAAGUCUAAAGCACAAACUGUUAGUAUAAAUUCCAAUAAAAUGUAUUGUGUUAAGGAGCACAUUAUCUGCAAACACUGCCAGCGGAGGGACCAAGCCGAGUACAUUUACAUUUACUUUGCAGUUGGCUUCCCUUGGCUUCUUACCUGCUUUCUGCAGACGACGAUUAGCACAAUGCUAGGGCUAAGGCAACAAAAGUAAAACAAGCACAGCUCCACUCUAGCACCACCAGUGGCAGGGAGGGGAAGUGCAAGUUGUGUGCAAGUCAGUUGUUUUCUUCCCAGAGUGUUCCCUGUUACAUGAUGCCAGAACAUGUGACCACAGUAUCUUACGACUGUUCUUAGAGCCCCAAAAUGCUGCAGCGUUUAGAUCGCGACCUUUUGGGGGCAUCAGGAUGGUAGGACGCAGAGAGCUGCUUUGAACUCCGGACAUUGAAGUGAAGGACAAAUUCUCCGUCAGGUAGUUAAAUUCAUAUGCGCCCAUCGAGCCAGACAAGCACACAGCUAGACCAGUAGUUUGUAUCUCGCCUGCGUGUGAGCGUGCGUGUUGGUGUCCAAGCACACGUGUGUGUGUGUGGUGCGUGUGUGUGCUCACGCGCGCUUGUGUGUGAGCAUGCGUGUUGGUGUACAAGCACACGUGUGUGUGUGUGGUGCGUGCUUGUGUGUGAGCAUGCGGGUAUGUAAAACAGCAUGAGUGGCUUGGGUGCGUGAUCUGUUUGUACUUUUCUUAAAAGGUUUAUUUUGUUUUACUUAAAAAAACUACCUUGCCUUGAAGAUGUUAGCUACGAACUGCAGUGGGUGUGACAGUAACAUAGACAGUGCUGAUUGCGUUAGCAGUAGCCUGAGUGGUAGAAUACUUACGCUUACUCAAAGAGACGUACUGAUAUAGAAAGGCCCUCCAGUCUCCAAGGGCCAUGUCCUCCGAGUCCACAGAGCUGCAAGAUCCCUUCUGCAGUCCUCCUGCACCGCGUGCUUCUGUUCGGCCAAUCAAAUGAAGCAGGUGGAUUCUGCGCCUACUUCACGUAACGUUUACACUCAACACAAAUCUGAAAACUCAUCGCAUACCCUACCGCAGCAGACGACAGGAGCAUUGGCUAAGGCCUGACCAAUCAGAUGGCUUCCUUGCUGUUUUUGAGUGGAUGCAGACAGGACAUAACACUAACAGGAGACUGGCUGUGGCCAGCAUGAAUUUUAAAAUGAUGUUUUUUUUUAGAUUUUUUUUUUAGAUUGUUUGUUUGUUUGUUUUUUGCACCACUAUCUUAAUAAAGCAUGAUAUUAAAGUGCCUCCUUGCACUUUUGUGUAAAUAUUGUAGUUAGGUUUUUUUGGGGUGAAAUGGUGUGUAGAAAUAGUGUUUACUUGCUGUGGCUUUUUUUGUAAUCCUAUAGAAACGUAUGACCUAUGUUUGCUGUAAAAGAAAAUAGAUGAUAAAAAGAUAAGAACAUAUAAGAAUUUGCUCGUUUUUUCAUAACUGUUAACUAGUAGUCUUACAUAGCUGUUACACUUGCAUUAUAUGCGCAUCUAUUUUUUUGUAUCUAAUGUAAACAUUUCAGAUGUUUGUCCCAUGAAGAUUAAAGUCACCUGUGCAUUGUUACAUUGUACAUAAAUAUAUAUAUAAAUGCUCCAUUGAAAUGCAAUGCGGAAUGUUCCAGAGGUAAAGACGAUUCUCACUCGAACAAUGUCCUCAACUGGAAAGAAAAACGAAAGAAUCGGUUUCAACUUUGUGGCUGUGAAGAUGUCCAUUAGGGUGUCGUCAUGUUUCCUCGUUUGUGGAGUGUGGGUAUAACUGUACCGUGUGACUAGGUUUACAGCAGAAGAGGAAAAAGUCAAAUUUAAUUUCCUGAAAAAACAAACGUAUUUAAAAACUUGAGAGCAACAAGCCAUUGACCAAGUGAAACUGGAGCAGCAAUAGUAAUGACCUACUGUAGGACCCCUGUUGCUCACUCACGUAGGCAUCUAUGCCAGUGCCUGUAUAAAAUGGCUCCUCAGGUGUACAGAUAGUGCCUGGUGCAGUCACUGCGUAUUCUGCCCAAGAAGUACAGUGACACAGUUCUCGACAGUAAUGCCAGUAAUUACCGAUUUCUGAUAUUUGCAUUUAUGUGUUAUCUUUGCAGGUCUAGAGAUGCACGUUUUAUCUUUUAUUUUGUCUCAAAAGAACACACCCUCGCUAGAUUCAGCAAAUCGUUGAUUUUCAUGACUCUCAAUUCCUCCAGUUUCAGACAGCAUCGUAAUUAUCUUAUUUCUUCCGAAUGUAGUUUUCUGCCAGACCAGGAGAAAAGUCUGAGUGCUCCUGUGUAUAGAUCAUUGUGCAAACCAGCUCCUAAAUGGUGCCAUGCCCACCGUUUCAUAAAGGCUUCAACAAGGCUCACUCUCAGACCCUCCACCACCGCACAAACCGCAUGUUAAAUUUGGCUUUUUCCUUUCCUGAUUUUUCUAUAAAAAUGUCUGCGCACAUAUCUAAAAAGCCCAAUAAUGAUGAUAAGAACAAUAAAAGUAAAAACUGUAGGAGUAGGCACAACAUUUCUAUGAUGAACCAGUCAAUGCUCAAGUCUUUAUUUUCUGCUGAUUUUCUCUUUUGAUGAGAUCCUCAUAUGUAGACAUGAUAACCAAUCUCACUUUCUACUUCCUGUCUGUUCUUCUGUGCUUUCUUUUUAGAGAGGCUUUCCUAGAACCUUCUUCUAUAUGACCCUUGUAAUUUUGAACUAAAGGGAGAGAGUGUGUGUAAGAAAGUAUAAAAAUGAAGAAAAAUUCUAUUCUCUGCCAGACGUGGAAUAAAAAUUAUGUUCAUACAUAUCAAUAAGUGUUGCACCUUUGGUGUACAUACAAUUACGGAAACUAAUAAAUGUUGAUUCAUAACUAA